CGAAGGCCAGCCGCCUUCGCCUCCCUUCCCUCCCUGGCGGGGCGCUGCGGAGACAGGCAGGAAGCGCUUAUAAAGGCUCCGGGGUUCCAGCCUCGCCAGUCGCCAUCAGUCCGCGUGCUGGGCCGGCUGUUUCCUUCGGCGCUGCCGCUUCUGGGCUCCUUCUUGUCCUCCUCCUCCUCCUCCUCCUGCCGCCCCCGAGAUGCUGGCGCUGCGCUCGGCCAGCCGCCUGCCGCUCCUCUUGGCGCAGCCUUCUCCGCGGGGCCGCCUGGGCGCCGCCGGCCGCGAGCUGCUGCGGGGAAGCCCGGCUGCCGCCUCCGAAGGCGCCCGCGGCCCUGGCACCGCUUGCCGGGCUUGCAGCAACGACGGCCGAAGCGCCUCGCAGAACCCGCUGGUCUUCCUGGAGGUGGGCGCCGACAACCAGCCGCUGGGACGCGUCGUGCUGGAGCUAAAAGCUGACGUCGUGCCAAAAACAGCAGAAAAUUUCAGAGUUUUAUGCACUGGAGAAAAGGGCUUUGGGUACAAAGGAUCCACCUUCCAUCGAGUGAUACCUUCGUUCAUGUGCCAGGCUGGUGACUUUACGAAUCACAACGGUACGGGAGGAAAAUCUAUAUAUGGCAGUCGCUUUCCGGAUGAAAAUUUCAUUCUUAAACAUGUUGGACCCGGUAUCCUGUCAAUGGCCAAUGCCGGCCCCAACACGAAUGGAUCUCAGUUCUUCAUUUGCACGGCCAAAACAGAUUGGCUGGAUGGAAAGCAUGUUGUGUUUGGCCACGUCAAAGAAGGCAUGGACAUUGUGAAAAAAAUUGAAAGCUUUGGGUCCAAGAGCGGAAAGACUUCAAAGAAGAUAGUCAUUACCGACUGUGGCCAGCUGUGAUAUCAUUCAACCUGUGACCUCAAGAUGUCUUCACUGAAGAAUCCGAGAUGCCUCAAAACUAUUUACUUAGAGAUUUCUCAGUUAAUCUCCUCAGACACCGCUGAAGUACAUGAAGAAGUCCAAUUUGAACCACCUUGAACUCUUAAUUUCAAUAACCUGUAUCACUUUUCAAUACCCAAAUUAAAUUUUCUAUCCACAGUAGCUUUAGUAGCAGAAAAUGUGAAAACCAUAGCUAGUUGGAUUGUAUUAAAAGGUUAUCCUGCGGCUGGUUAAAUUGGUACUUGAAUUUUUUCCCCAUUUCAAGGGAAAGUAGGUUUGUGUAGGCCAUUAAGUCAAGAUGGCUUCAUAGUAGCUUCUUCCCCUUUAAAAAAACAAACUCUUAAAAAAGAAUAUAUUGCCUCUCAGUUAAAGCCCUUCAUGUUUCCGUGACUUGAAAAAUCCUCCAAGCCGCAAAGAUGGAAUUAAUGGAUUUCCUACAGAUUUCCUGAAACUGCUCCUGUGCCUGGAUCUAUAACAAGAACAAAAUGAUGUUUGUUUGGGCCACUUAAUAGCACUUGCAAGGAAUGUGAUGCUCUUAGAAUCUGAAUUUAGGAAUAUGGUACCAGAACAACUGGAAUAUUUUUAUUAACUUGCAAAAAAAAGGGGGGAGGUUACUUAUUUCAGAUGCAGCUUUGAAUGACUGAAUUCAAGCAUCAGGGAAAACUCUGCAUACCCACUGGUACAUCCACUAUUGUAAAUAUAGCAUGAUCGCUGAUGUAUAUGCUCAACGGUAUAUUUUUCCUCUUAACAAUUCUGCAUCAGAACCAGUGCUGGAUUGCAGUUUGCUUUUUUAAAAAGUAGAUGAAAUAGCUGCCAAGCUGCUAGGCACAGCUUUUGAGACUGCAAGUAGAUGAAUUGGAUUGCUAAUUCAAUUAUUUGCACUUUUAAGCUUGCCGCAUCCAAUUAAAACAGAAAUUCUAAACCCAAGGCAGUUCGCUGGUUCAUAUCGUGAGCCGUGAAUUUCACAACGGAUUUCCCAUCGUCCCUUUUUUUGGGGGGGGGAAGGGGGAAUUAAUUCAAAUUACUGUCCUAGAUCUCCACAUUCAGUUUCACAACAUAGAUGUAGCAUGUAGUUAUUCACUGGUACUAUCGUCUAUCUCAGGAAUCUAAAGGUAGGUUCUGAUUUCACCAGAAUCCUACAAUAAUGGAAUUUGCAGUCAGGGCUGCAAAACGGGAAAUAGAAGAUAACUCCUUAUCUGUCCUUGCAUGUUGGGGGUUUAUGAGGAACUUGACGUGAGCAGCCAUUUUGAAUUCUGCCGAAGGCAAGCUGAAAAUACCCAUGCUGUAGUCUGUAACUGUUUGCACCUGUCUCCACUAAGCAAGCAGAGUUAAAAAUUGAAGCCAUGUAUGUGUGUCUUUUAUCAGAUUUUGAAAUGUGAUGACCCUCUUUAUGUGAAUUUAUAACUCUCUACUGGUCAUUUCGCUGAAGGUUGAAAAUGCUGCCGUAUACAGGUAUUCUCGACUGAAUGGCCAUUUGUACAGUUCAGCAGUGCUGAAUAAAGUGGUGUCCAACCCAUCCUCCAAGUUACAACCGUCACAUUAUUCCCCCCCCCCCGACCACAUGACUGUGAUUUGGGUGCUUGGCAACUGGCUCACACACAACGGUUGCAGUGUCUUGCAGUCACACGAUCACAGUUGGCUUCCAAUAACAUCCAUGUGGAAGCCCGCAAGGAAAGUAACAGAUCACAAUCCUGUGAUGUCUGGCUUCCACAACUGUGGUGUAAACGGGUCAUAAAAUGGGGGUGAAGUCACAUCAUGAUGGAUUGCUUUUCCCUGGUCUUUAGUUGCGGUCAUUGAGACUACCUUUAUAUGGAAAAGUUGAAGAACAAAUGUGAUAUCUUGAUCCAUGAUUUUCUCAUUCUUUGAAGUGUUUUUGAACUUGUUGGCUCAUGUUCUCGUAUCGAUAAUAAAUGGUAUUUUUUUAUAACAUGUUUGUUUAAGUAUGUAAUAUAUUAAAUACCUUUGCUAGGAGAAGAUGGUUUUAUGUCUUUCUUAGUUUAAAGAGAAGCAGUUCCUUAGUCCCGUAAAGAAACACAAAAGCAACUUCUUGUUAAGAUGAUUUAUAUUCCUUGCAGACGGCUGGUCAUUUGCAUCCUUUUAGAGAAUCGUUGAGGCCACUUGGAGGUUUGUCUGUGUCCUCAGGGUCACCUGAGUGGUGCAAAUGGGUGUGGAGCCUUCUUGGAACUGCUGAAAGAACUGUGUUGUAGACUGGAGAUAGAUGAUAUCGUAGCCCUUCCCCUCUUGAGAGAGAGCUGUUCAUUUUUGACAUAAUGUCCUCUUUGAUCCCUCUUUCAAACCAGCAGUCCUCUCUGUCCAAAAUGUGGACUUUGCUGUCUUCAAGAGUGGUCUUUCAAAUGCAGAUGGACUGCUGAAUCUUGUCCUGAUAGUUGUUGUUGUUCUCCUGUGUUGUGCCAUGUGUUUGUGAUGUGGUGGUUUUGUUUCCCCAAUGUACAGAUCUGUGAAGUAAGUGUUUUCUAUUUUUGUCUCAGUACAGAUUUUGUAGGUUUCCUAAUAUAUAGUAUAUGUCUGCAGUGUUGAGAGCAAUAUAGUACAGACCUCCUCGUCCCAGUGACAUUCUGAAGUAAGGAUAUGCAUAAAUCGUGAAGGGUUAAAGUGAAAUUUAAGACUUAGAAACUCUUUUAUAGCAUCAAAGCUUGCUACUUGAUAUUUUAGGUAUUAAUUUUGCUUUCUUGGAGUAAUUGUGACCCUUAUUGUUACGUUUUACUAAAGAAAUAAAUGUUUACACUGCCCUCCAA